AAGAAAACUACGAAUCCAUCAGCAAAUAGCACACGAGGCAUCAUUCAUGAUACUGUAGCACAGAAAAGCACGUAGUAGUACUAACACACAACAAAAGAAUUGAUUGACUAUUUUAAAAUCCAAUACUCACACACCCUCAUCAAUUCUUCUCUUUAAAACAACAACACUCUUUGAUUCCGAAGCAGACAUAAAAUGAUGAAUCGCACUACCAGUAGUGGAACUAUUAAUAUUCCAAUGAUGAUGAUGAACAAUAAUACCGCUAAUAGUAGUAUGAAUAGUUUGGUGGAGAACACCUUCCACUCACCUCCAACAAUGAUGAUGAUGGGUGGUCUACCAACAACAGCAAAUACCACAACUCCUUCUUCGCUGAGUAGUAAUAAUAGUGGUGGUAGUCUGAACAAUUCAGUUCCAAUACCCAUUCCUUCUUCUUCUUCAACUCUUACCUUUAAACGAAAAACCUCUAACGCCAAGUACAAGCCUGCCAAUCUGAGUAUUUCCUCUGUUCGAGAUAGUAAGGCUUCAAAGCCUACAAAACAAUUCGAAAUACCACAAGAAUUCUACAUGUACAAUCAUGCCUCCUCCGUUCCAAAUCAAGGCUACAUUUCGUCAGUUGAUGAAAGUAAUACUAUGGCAUCCCCUUCUCCUCACUCCUCUUCUCUCAUCACAAGCGCCCACUAUCAUAAUAGAAGUAGUAGCCUUCAACCACAACAACCAUCAAGUAGUAUCAAUAACUUGUUCCAAAAAUCCACUCACCAUCACCACCAUGGAAUGGGUCAACGUCAACAUACUCCAUUUUCCCCGCCUUCAACUUCAUCUGCCAUGAUGAUUAAUAGAAGUAGCGUAUCAUCAGUAUCUUCUUCCUUUUCCAAUUCCUCAUAUAAUCCAAUUGCCCAUUCUCACUCAUCAGCUGCCCAUCAUCACAGUAGCUCAUUUGUACAAAAUUCCCUUGGCCAUCAAUAUAGUUCUGGCUAUUUUAAUCCUCACAGUUAUGACAAUAAUUCCAUGUGUUAUUCUCUGAGCAGUAGUGUGGAGUCUAAUUGUUCCUAUGCUAGUCAUUGUAUCAGUCCUAAUACCGGUUCUUUAUUGUUAUACGAUAAAUUGAAUAGAAAAUUCCGUAAAAUUAGAGCACUUGGAGAAGGAUCAUCAAGUACUGUUUCUCUAGUUCAACAAGAAUCCACUGGUCUCUAUUUUGCAGAGAAAGUAAUUGAACAUUAUGAAGAAAGAGAGGCCAUUGUUAAGAACGAGGUCAAGUAUCUUUCAAUAUGCAAACCUUGUUCAAAUGUAGUGACAUUAUUCGAUUGUUUCCAAAAAGGAGAUUCUAUUCAUCUCAUUCUUGAAUAUAUGGAAGGCAACUCUUUGGAUAUUAUUGCUAAACAAUAUAGCAAACUUUCCAAGACACAGAGGAAAUCCUUAGAAGAGGAAACAGAAACUAAUUCAUCCCAUCUUUCACCAAUGGCCUUUGAUGAAGAUUCAGAAUUAAUGACUUAUGAUGAUGACUUGGAUGAUUUGAAUACAGAUGAGGAAAUGUUCCCAAUGGAUACGAAAUCAUCAGCAAAGCCAGAAAAAAAGAAGAGUACCAGAAGAAAGCUGUUCGACGAUGACGAAGAAUCAGAUAGUGCCAAAAAUCAAAGAGAUAAUAAGGGUCUACCUGAGGAAAUGCUUGCCUUGAUGGUUGUGCAAAUCACCAGAGCGUUAUGCUUUUUAAUGGAUCACAAUAUUAUUCACUCUGAUAUCAAACCAAGCAAUAUUCUUCUUAACAGAAGAGGAGAAGUCAAAUUGACUGACUUUGGUUUGUCUACUUGUACAGAGGUUUCUCAAAAUAGACUUGGCUCAUUUGCUUAUAUGAGUCCAGAAAAGUUGCAACACGGUAAACAUAGCCACAAAUCAGACAUUUAUUCAUUGGGAGUCUCAAUUUUGGAAUUAUCCAAAUUCAAAUUCCCCUUCUCUGAGAGUGGAUUCCACAUGAAUGAAAUUCAGCAUCUAGAUGUAGAAAAAUUUGUUGGAAAUACUCACUCUCAUGAAUUUAAAGAUUUCAUUAGACAAUGCAUACAAAUAGAACCAAAUGUAAGAUUAUGUGCUCAUGAAUUAUUACAACAUGACUGGUUGAGAAAUUAUGCAAACAUGGACAAUGACUUGAUAUGUUCAAAAAUAUCUAAAUGGUAUAAUAAAUUGUCUUAG